GUACCAGAGCAUCAGGAGGACCAUCACUAACAGUGACCGUGCAGAGGAAACCCCGGUCGACCUGCUUCCUGAACCAGAAAGUGAACUGAUGCCUCACUCCAUUUCUGAAUACAGACGAGAAAGUGCCGUGGCUCACUCCAGUGGUCGCUCGCGUCUCUCUCUGCUGCUCCAGUCACCCAGCGCCAAGUUCCUGUGCAGCCCCGACUUCUUCACCGUGCUGCAUUCUAACCCUAGUGCCUACCGCAUGUUUACGAGCAACACCUGCCUGAAGCACAUGAUCAGCAAGGUGCGUCGGGACGCUCACUACUUUGAGCGCUACCAGCACAACCGCGACCUCGUCACCUUCCUCAACAUGUUCUCCAACAAGCAGCUGGAGCUUCCUCGGGGCUGGGAGAUGAAGCACGACCACACUGGGAAG